GGAUGGGUGAGAGGAAAUGGUCUGCAGCCCUGAGCAGCAUCACUUCUUAUUCUGUCCUCUCACACACAACAGAAAUACAAGAAAUAGUCGGUGCACUCUGCGUGGGAAGGGAAAUCUGGAGUAGAGGACACUUCUGCUUCUUUUUAAAUCUAUGAUACAUUAACUGCUCUUCUGUGGCAGUGAAGUUAUCCGACAUCGACAGAUGCUAGUUUUUGGGAUAGAUGACCCAACAGAUGACGCCUUCGUGUGGACCCCAGGGGUGGUGCUGAGAAUAGCUAUUUUUGUUCAUGAAUUACUCAUAAAAAAAUUUAGAGUACUGAGAAGUUGUCUUCCUGUGACAUCAUUAAAAGGAAAUGCCUCUGUCAGAAUUUGUAGGUGGACAAGAGGAAACAAGUGUUUUGUGUGACCUUGGCUUGAUUAGACUCAUUUCAUGGAUAUAAAGGCAUAGCAUGUUUGGGUUUUUUUCUGGAUCCAGACAGCCCCAUACCAACAUGUCAAACAACACCAGUGUCCCACGUAACAUUUCCUCCAACACAACUGAAGCCAAAGAUUUUCUACUUGACAAGUGGCACAUUGUGCUGAUAUCUGUGUCUGCAUUCGCAAUUAUGACAGUCCUACUGAUGACAUUUCUCUGGACAAAAAAGUAUCGUUCACUGAUAAGGGCUGUUCAAGAUCUGAAGCUUAGACAGCAUUUGGUUUCUCCACAUGUACCUCCAGCAGAUUACACCUGCACACCAAAGAACAUCACUGCAACUUUUGUAAAAAAUGAAGGCCCCGAACCUGAGUCUGGCAAACUUUCGAUACAGGACACCAAGUCAGCCUCAACAUCAUUGUGGAAACCUUCGCAAAUGGUGACAAAUUUGAACAGGAGUGACCUGACACUUCUGCAGCUUAUUAAGGCUGGACGGGAGGGGGUGUUCUACAAGGCUAAAAUGAACCGUGGCACCUGCAAGGGCCACUCCAUGUUCACCUGCAAGGUCUCCAAGGAAAGUGUGACAUACAAACAGGUGCACAGGGAGAUCGCCAUCAUGAAGAAACUGGGCAACCAUAAGAACCUGCUUCAUCUGCUGGACUGGGAUAUCACACAGUCUCCCUACUUCCUGGUCAUGGAGUUUGUGGCCGUCGGCACACUGCACAACUUCCUGCAGAUUAAUCGAGACAAAUUAUCUGCCAACAAAGACCUGCAGCACCUCUUCACCAUCACUGCCUACCACAUAGCCCAUGCCAUGGAUCACCUACGCAGCAAAAUGGUGGUUCACGGUGACAUAGCCUUAAGGAACAUCAUGGUAAACAGCUUUCCUCAAGAGGUGAAGGUGGCUGAGUUCAGCUUUGCCAGAGACUUGACGCGGAUGAAGAGUCGUCGCACCAGCAGAAAACAUGGGGACCAUGAAAGAAUCCCUUUUCGCUGGUAUCCCCCAGAGUACUUUAAGGACAAAUAUUAUGGAUUCAAAAGUGAUGUCUGGUCGUUUGGAAUCAUACUGUGGGAGAUGGAAACAUUUGGCACAUUGCCAUACCCCAAUCUGAAUUCGUCAGAAGAUGUAGUGCGCCAUAUCUGUGCUGGACACAAGAAUGCAGAACCAGCGGGUUGCAGGGUGGAAAUUUUGCAGAUGAUGCGAGACUGUUGGGUGGAGCCCUACACACACAGACCGUCCUUCAGAGAUAUUGUGAGAGUGCUAGAAAACAUUCUGGAGAAUGAUGCAGACUAUGUGGAUGUCGACAACAAAAGAAUGGAGAGCUGAUUAUAAUAAUAUGCCUUAUGGACAGUAUUGGGGAAGCUACUUUGAAUUAUACCAAUUAGGCCUACUUCACACUGGAACAAGUUGAACUACAGCAAAGCCAGCGAUGUAACGCACGUGAGGCUCCCCCACAGCUAAACCUGAGUGCCCCUUUCCCAUGGGCGUCGUUUUGAUUUGAAAAGUGCUAGGGACAUAGAUGGGACUUGUCUACCUCUGCCGUUGUUAUUAUAAUGAGUGUAGCUUACCCCGAACACAAACGCACCAAAUUUCAUAGGUUACUGGGAUUGUGUAGGGCUGAAAACAUGCUAAAAACAAGUGUGGAAAGCAGAUUCAGAACUCACUGCUGUGAGAAAACAUAAUUCCCUGAAGGGGUUGUAGUAUAGGUAGUUAUUAGUAUUUUCAUCAGGGCCUCACUAGCGAUAGCCAUAUACGUUCCAUUCCUUUUAUGGCCAAACAAUUGGUAUUUCCUUUGUUAACCAAGAAAAAAUGGCAAAAAAGUAGUUUAACUACAUGAAUCACUAUGCACAUAUGAAUGUAGUUGAACUACCAGCAAGCUACUGCAAAAUGUAGUUAAACUACUUAAUUACAUGUAGUGUGAUUUUAAAUAUGUUGCAUUUAAUUAUAAUUCAGUUUUUAAACAACAUAAUUUUAAUAUCAAACAAACCUUCCACCUUGUAGAAAUAUUUGAGUCAUCAUACCGAUUCCCUUUUUCAGGUCACUUUUUUGAAAAUUUGUGGUGAGCAUUUCCUAUAUUUGUAUGACCAUUUCUGAGGAAUCAGUCAACUAGUUCUGCAAUGGACUAGUGAUUCCAGCGAAUUUGUUACGUUUAUUUCCCUAUCCUACCCUCUCCUUAUACGGUAUAUGAAAGAAGAUCUACUCAGCACACUACUAUUCUGUAUAUGUCUUCCACUACUUCAAAUUAACUGCGAGGAUAUUUGUAUAUAAAGGAUAUUUGUGUAAAAAAUCAAUGUAAAGUUAUAACACCAUUGUUGAUUUGCAGGCUUGGGGAGUAAUGGAAUACAUGGAACGGCGUUAUGUAAUUAGGAUACAAAAAAAGUGUAACUGUAUUCCGGUACAGUUACAAAAA